AUGUUAGAUGAACUAUAUAAAGCAGAACGUGAAGAGAUGGAAAACAAGCUUGAAGCAAAAGAUGAAGUCAUUGAAGCAAAAGACAAAAACAUUCAGAAAAGAAUACCACGUUCGGUACCAAAAGGAAAGGAAAAGAACUAUAAGUAUAUGAUUUAUACUGAAGAGAUGGAAAAUGAAGAAGAUAAAGAUAUGGUUAUGUUGCAUUUAGUCAGAAGAAACAACAAAAGCUUUUACGACCUUGCUAAGAUUUACAAAUCUGACAGAAAUUGGUUCUAUCGCGAAAACUUACCGAUUUCAAUGACACCGAAUGAAGAUGUGAAACAAAUAGUUCAAGAUACGUUACCUCAAACACACUAUGAUAUGAAAGGUUGUACAAUACUUACAUUCAAAGAAGAUUUGCCAUUGUUAAAGGAAAAAAUAACAGAGUAUUUUGACAACUUCAAACAAGUAGAGUAA